UCCUGUGAAGUACGCGGCUUACCCCGCGGCUUCGCGAGGACCCACCCCCACACGCGGUCAUGUGUCCAUGUGACUCGCGAACCACCCUGCGGCUCAAGUAGCCUUCCGGGCCUUCCCCCUACAGCGCCUAGCUCGUCGGCAACCCAACAUAGAGUCCGCAGUGUGGCGUGGGAUGAGAUUAUAGGUACCACCGGGACGCUUUGUUUUUUAUCUGUUUGCGUUAUCGCCGGUGCGAUACGGCUUGGGAGGUCCGAGGUGAUAAAAUGGCUUGCAAGGCGUCGGGCCGGGACGCAGAAGCCAGCGAACGCAAGAAGAUGGCUGUCAGGUGGAGUUUCCUCGUCGCACUGUGCGCGCUGGCCGUGCAGGCCAGCGCCUCCGUCCAGCCGGCGCCCUUCUCGUCCUUCCACAUCCUGGCGCCAAGUAAGCCAUCUCUAUGGUCAUGCCGGUGGCCGGUGGCGAACAUGGAAAUGAGUUGGUCAAGCAAACCCCCGGCUGGGCUGCCGAGUUUCGGUCUAGAGGCAGCAGCGCCUGCACCCCGCCGCACGGCACGCUCCGCUAACUUGCGCAUCAGCAACGGCCAGGACGCGAGCCCCGGCCAGUUCCCCUACCAGGUGGGCAUGUACGUCGACCUGUCGGUGUUCUGCGGCGGCGCCCUCAUCCACCCCAAGUGGAUCCUGACCGCGGCCUCCUGCGCCAAAAGCGAGUACGGCCCCCGCUACACGGCGUUCCUCGGCGCCUCCAACAUCAACCUGCCGGCGGAGAAGGGCCGCGUGGCCGUCACCACCACGCAGGCCUACGUCCACGGCGGCUACGACAAGACCACGUACAAGAACGACGUGGCGCUCGUCCUGCUGCCGCGCGCCGUCAAGACAUCCGAUCGCAUCAAGCCCAUCGCCCUCCCGCCGCGCUCGUACGCCAGCAAAGACUUCACGGGCAGCCAGUUCCAGCUGAGCGGCUGGGGCUACCUCGGCGACAGCGCGGCAUCCAUUUCGCCCAAGCUCCAGUACGCUAGCCUGAAGGGCCUGGACAAGGACACCUGCGUCAAUACUUACAGCUUCGAGAUCGUAUCGGACGACAUCCUGUGCUGCAGCAGCUCCACCAAGCAGAGCCCUUGCCAGGGUGACACAGGCGGUGCUCUUGUGGAACAAGGGACCGACGGCAACUUCAUUCACGUCGCCAUCGCUAGCUUCAUGCCCAGCAAGGGCUGUAGCCUGGGCAAGCCCUCCGGCUUCACCAAGACUGCAAACUUCCUAGACUGGAUCCAGAGUCUCACAGGCAUCACAGUCACACCUUAAGACAAAAGGGAAUAAAGAAAUACUUGUGGA